AGUCUUUGACUGUUUAGAGUAAGUCAUAAUGAAUAGUGAAACUUAGUGAAAUGAAGCAAAGUUUCUAAGAUUACACUGGUCUAUAGGAUUGAGUUGUUCACUACUUAGGAAGCAUGGCAGGUUUUGAGGGCAGGGAGAUUGGAGGUACUGUGUUGUGCUGGUAGGGAUCUCUGUUAAAAGCAUCAAGGUUAAAAAAAAAUUAGAUUUAAUACUUUUUAAUAAAACUGGCCUGCACACUAUGAAAAAAAAAUGCAUCAAGGUAGCUGGGAGAUGGCAAUGCUCUCUACUCUGUAAGCUAAGUGAUGGUCUGGCCCUCUUGGGGGGAUGCUCAAGCAAGGAGAGAGGAAAAGUGGGGACUGCCUUGCCAGCUUCAAGGCCUGAGCUUUCUCUGGGUCAGAGACCCUAAAGGCUUAUGAGAAACCCUGGAAUAUUUUUGGCUUGUGUCAUUUUUGUGAUUAUGGGGUCAUAAAUCACUGAUUUUCAGUAUACUGACAAGGCAUUAGCUUGUACCUGGAGUAAUAUUAGAAUAUCAUACAUCUAAUGUUUCAUUUCUUAAAAAAUAAUUCAACAUAGUUAAGUUCUGUCUCCAAUUUCUCUUAAGAAGUUGGAGAGGGUAGUUCAUACUGUGUCCCAAGUAAGGAUUCACUGUUAGUAAGUGUGAGGUUGUAGUGAGGUAGUUUAACUGCUUUAGAGCUUUAUGCUUGCAACAUUCUUAGUUACCAAGCAUGGGAACCAGAAGUGAGGAGCAUGAUUCUUUAAUAUCUGUCACGUCAGAGAGUGACUGUUCGAGGACAGUAGCCACCUCCUAAUGGUUUCUAUACCUGGAUCAGGCACUGGAAGAGGCUCCCCAGCUGUAACUCUAGUACAGUUACCUUCAGGCCAAACUGUACAUAUCCAGGGAGUAAUUCAGACACCACAGCCAUCGGUUAUUCAGUCACCACAAAUACAAACUGUUCAGGUAGCAACACUUGGAGAGAAAGAUGAGUAUGCAGAAUCAGAAGAUGUAAUUGAUUCUCAUAAACGUAGAGAAAUCCUUUCACGAAGACCCUCUUAUAGAAAAAUACUGAAUGAACUUUCCUCUGAUGUGCCUGGUGUUCCCAAGAUUGAAGAAGAAAAAUCAGAAGAAGAAGGAAUGCCAUCUAACAUCGCUACCAUGGCAGUACCAACUAGCAUAUAUCAGACUAGCACGGGGCAAUACAUUGCUAUAGCCCAAGGUGGAACAAUCCAGAUUUCUAACCCAGGAUCUGACGGUGUUCAGGGACUACAGGCAUUAACAAUGACAAAUUCAGGAGCUCCUCCACCAGGUGCUACAAUUGUACAGUAUGCAGCACAAUCAGCUGAUGGCUCACAGCAGUUCUUUGUCCCAGGCAGCCAGGUUGUUGUUCAAGCUGCUACUGGUGACAUGCCAACUUACCAGAUCCGAGCUCCUACUACUGCUUUGCCACAAGGAGUAGUGAUGGCUACCUCACCAGGAAGUUUACACAGUCCCCAGCAACUAGCAGAGGAGGCAACACGCAAGCGAGAGCUGAGGCUAAUGAAAAAUAGGGAAGCUGCCCGGGAAUGUCGCAGAAAGAAGAAAGAAUAUGUCAAAUGUCUUGAAAAUCGUGUGGCUGUGCUUGAAAACCAAAACAAGACUCUCAUUGAGGAACUCAAGGCCCUCAAAGAUCUUUAUUGUCAUAAAGCAGAGUAACUGUCUUUGACUUGGACCUUGUUUACUAUGAACUCUAAUCAAGGCAGGAGAUGGAGCAGUUCUACUAAUUGCCAUGUGGACUUGUGGAAGGGACACUUGUGACCCUUAAGAAUCCAGUUUGGCUUAGUGUUUGAAGUUGAUUUGGGAAUGUUGUUCCAAGAUUUGGAAUGCAACCAUGAUUAAAUUUACCAGGCUUACUUGAGGCUCUGUGAAUAGCAUGCAAAACAUGUUCUGUUUGCCCUUUUGCUUCUACUUUUUUUCAGGGAAGCUGCUAAAGAAUGUCGACGUCGAAAGAAAGAAUAUGUAAAAUGUCUGGAGGGCCGAGUUGCAGUGCUGGAGGUUCAAAACAAGAAGCUUAUAGAGGAACUGGAAACCUUGAAAAACAUUUACUCUCCCAAAACAGAU